AUCUGACCCAUAUUUCAAUCUGUCAAAAUUGGUUUUUGUAAUGUACUCAACAAGACGAACAAUUUGAUACCCAUGACGACUUGUUAUACUGGGUGCGGGGGUCAAGUUGAUAUUUGGCUCAUAGGUAGCCUGCACUAAAACAGAUGACAACAGAUUUCAUGACAUGGUGGCUAUUGGCUAAGUACAUGUACAUCAAACUGCUUUUCUAUUUGCAAAAAUGGAAAAUACAUUUGGGGAAAAACAACAAUGAAUGUCAUAACAAUUGAAAGACUCAUUAUAGAUGGAUUUAAUGACUUUGAUUUGACAAUUAAAAAGGGAAAUCUAAUAUUGCAUAAUGGAAAAUUGGAAAUACUGAUUUUUAAAACAUUUCAGUAUUUUGAAAAUCUACCACGGCCACAAUGUUUUUGGACAAUUGGUAAGUUGUCCAUACAAAUCUUACUUUUUUAUCAAAAUGAAUACUAAGCACUGUAAAAGUACAAAACUGUUCUCAAGUGGAGUGAGUGUAACUUUAAGUGGGUGCAACACAAAUUUGCUUCAAUGCUUGGGAGAUUACUGUGUGAAGUUAGGAUAAAGUCAUCAUUUUUACUGAAAUACUCUACUUUAUCCAGUAUUUAUGUAAACAAACUAUAUGAUACGGACUGUAUAAUAUAUAUACCAGUAGAUCUUGUAGCCUGAUUAGAAAGAUAUGCUUUCAUAUAUAUAUUUAGCAAGAAAAUGAACAAAUGAAGGAGCUAAAAACGACAUACCCUCCCUUAAGCUGGAAUUAUUGUUAUGACUGCAUUGUUGGAAUGGAUUAUUUUCUAUGGCGGAGGUAUCAUCACUGGGCACUGGUUUACUUGAUUGUGGGCGCUUCCUUUUGUUGGAGGGACUUGGUGCUGUAUUAAAAUCAACUGAUGUCGAUCUAAAAGUAGAAAUGCAAAGAUUAUUUAGUUAAAAUCCAUUUAAAUGUCUUAAAAAGACUUCACAAUAUGCAUGACUUUUUCACUGAUUUGUCAAAAAGCAGUUUCAACCAAUAUCAAUAUCUUACCAAGCUCUUAUAUACCAAGUGCAACCAAUAUCAAUAUUUUACCAAGCUCUUAUUUACCCACUGCAACCAAUAUCAAUAUCUUACCAAGCUCAUAUUUACCCACUGCAACCAAUUUCAAUAUCUUACCAAGCUCUUAUAUACCAAAUGCAACCAAUAUCAAUAUCUUACCAAGCUCUUAUUUCCCACUGCAACCAAUAUCAAUAUCUUACCAAGCUCUUAUAUACCAAGUGCAACCAAUAUCAAUAUUUUACCAAGCUCUUAUUUACCCACUGCAACCAAUAUCAAUAUCUUACCAAGCUCUUAUUUACCCACUGCAACCAAUAUCAAUAUCUUACCAAGCUCUUAUUUACCCACUGCAACCAAUAUCAAUAUUUUACCAAGCUCUCAGAUCCAGUGCAACCAAUAUCAAUAUCUUACCAAGCUCUUAUUUACCAAGUCCACCCAAUAUCAAUAACUUAUUAUACAGUUAUGUUGUUAUCUACCAAGCGCAACAAAUUGGUUUAAUUUAGCAUGUUGUUAUUAUGCAGUGCAACCAAUAUCAAUAUCUUACCAAGCUCUUAUUUACCCAGUGCAACCAAUAUCAAUAUCUUACCAAGCUCUUAUAUACCAAAUGCAACCAAUAUCAAUAUCUUACCAAGCUCUUAUUUCCCACUGCAACCAAUAUCAAUAUCUUACCAAGCUCUUAUAUACCAAGUGCAACCAAUAUCAAUAUUUUACCAAGCUCUUAUUUACCCACUGCAACCAAUAUCAAUAUCUUACCAAGCUCUUAUUUACCCACUGCAACCAAUAUCAAUAUUUUACCAAGCUCUUAUUUACCCAGUGCAACCAAUAUCAAUAUUUUACCAAGCUCUUAUUUACCCACUGCAACCAAUAUCAAUAUCUUACCAAGCUCUUAUUUACCCAGUGCAACCAAUAUUAAUAUUAGUUACCCAGUGAAACCAAUAUCUUACCAAGCUCUUAUUUACCCACUGCAACCAAUAUCAAUAUUUUACCAAGCUCUUAUUUACCCACUGCAACCAAUAUCAAUAUCUUACCAAGCUCUUAUUUACCCACUACAACCAAUAUCCAUAACUUAUUAUACAGAUAUGUUGUUAUCUACCAAGCGCAACAAAUUGCUUAAAUUUAGCCUGCUGUUAUUAUGCAGUGCAACCAAUAUCAAUAUCUUACCAAGCUCUUCUUUACCCACUGCAACCAAUAUCAAUAUUAGUUACCCAGUGAAACCAAUAUCAAUAUCUUACCAAGCUCUUAUUUACCCAGUGCAACCAAUAUCAAUAUCUUACCAAGCUCUUAUUUACCCACUGCAACCAAUAUCAAUAUCUUACCAAGCUCUUAUUUACCCAGUGCAACCAAUAUCAAUAUCUUACCAAGCUCUUAUUUACCCAGCGCAACCAAUAUCAAUAUCUUACCAAGCUCUUAUUUACCCAGUGCAACCAAUAUCAAUAUCUUACCAAGCUCUUAUUUACCCACUGCAACCAAUAUCAAUAUCUUACCAAGCUCUUAUUUACCCAGUACAACCAAUAUCCAUAACUUAUUAUACAGUUAUGUUGUUAUCUACCAAGCGCAACAAAUUGCUUUAAUUAAGCAUGUUGUUAUUAUGCAGUGCAACCAAUAACCAUAACUUAGCACGCAGUUAUUUCCCCAAUGCAACCAAUAUCCAUUACAUGUACUUAGUAUGUAUUUAUUUACAGCGUGCAACCAAUACCCAUAAUUAAUAGCAUGCAUUUAUUUAGUGAGUGUGACUAAUAUCCAUAACUUAGCAUGCAUUUAUAAACCCAGUGUAACCAAUAUUCAUAAUUUAGCAUGCAAUUAUAUAGGACCUCUGCAAAUGUUAAAAAAUGAAAGGGGGGAAAGGAGGUAUCAGAGGUUUUAUAUCCUUAAAGUUUUACAAAAAAAACAUUACGAACUACAGAAAACUACCCCAUUCCAAGAAUGAGUGAUUAAUGCAGAGUUCAUGCAUGGGCUGCUAUCCAAAAUACCCAACACUAACAUGCAUUCUGUAUAUACUUACAAACUGUUAUUACUUUGUGAGAUUUGUGUGUCAUCUUCGAGAUUCAAUGAAUUGCUGUUAAAAACAAUAAUUUAAUGUAUAGUAUUUUAACAGACAAAGGGAGAAUAUAAAUGGUGACAGAAAAAGAGAUCUCAUUACGAGCUAGAGGUGUUCAGAUAAGAGAGGUAUUGGAUAUACAGGUUAUACUGUACACUAUUUCAUGUAAAUAAAGUAUA